UGGGAAGCGAAGACGCGCAAUAAAUCAGCUGCCGUCCAUCGCGUUGAUUAACGUCUGAGGAGAACAGAUCACGGGCUGCUUGGUUUGUCUGCCAGUUUUCGGGGAGUAAGACAAUGUCGCCUCCAGUGACUCGAGCGAGCUCCAGACUGAAGCAGCUGAGGUAUUCUCUCCGCUCCAGAGCGCCGCUGGGAAACGCGUCCAACCUGAUCUCUGUUCACCGAGGGGACGAGGAGCCGAAGGGAACCGAGCUGGAGCGCGAUAGGAGGCAAAAAGCUGCACGCGUAAAGAAGGACGGGUUAAAGAGCAAGCGAGCCGCAGCCGAGCCUCCUUCAGCACCGAACCAGAACCUCUCUGAGGAGCGUGACGCAGUCGAGCCUCCUGCUCCACGCACCGACGUCUGUCAGGACCCGGGGCGUCUUCAGGAACCGCCUGACGCUCCUCAGACGUUCUCCAUCCUGUUGCUCAACAUUCCAGAUGUGGACUCGGCGGACGCUGGAGAUGCCCAGAUGUGCAGUGAAUACGUGUGUGACAUCUACGCUUAUUUACAGCAGCUCGAGGUAGCGAUGGCCAUCAGGCCGUGUCAUCUGGAGGGUCAGGAGGUGAGCGGCGGCAUGCGAGCGGUCUCCAUCGACUGGGUCAUGCAGGUUCAGAGAGAGUUCAGACUGUCACAGGAGACUCUCUUCAUGACCGUCGGCAUCAUCGACCGCUUCCUUCAGAAUAACCCGGUGCCCAGGAAGUAUUUGCAGCUGCUCUGUGUGACUGCGAUGCUGCUGGCGUCUAAGUAUGAGGAGCUCUACCCGCCCACGGUUGGAGACUUUGCGUUUGUGACGGAUGGGGCAUACAGCUGUGGAGACAUCCGGAGGAUGGAGAGAAUCGUCUUAAAGCGCUUGAACUACAGCCUCGGCCGACCCCUUCCUUCUCACUUCCUGCAGAGGGUCUGUAAGAUUGGACAGGUAUUUAUACUCUACUGCUCAAACCUUGAGCAAGAUGCCGGUCCGAGCGAGCGCGAGCUGGCCUCCUUCCUGACGGAGCUGAUGGUUCUGGACUAUGAUCUGGUCCAUGUUCCUCCGUCUCUCAGCGCAGCGGCUGCGUUUCAGGCGUCUCGGACGAUUCUGGGCUCGGGCUCGUGGAGCGCGGGUCUGCAGCGGUACACCGGCUACAGCGAGCAGACGUUGGCUCCGGUGGUGCAGGCCGUCGUUCGGACGCUGGAGAGCGUUACUGACCGGAGCAAGUUGCAGGAGAUCAAGAACAGGUACGUGAAGGUUUCUUCAAGCAUCUGCAGGAUUCUCCAGUGAUCUUUGGUGCAAGGAUCGGUUUUGAUGCACUUGAAGUUUUUAAGCACUUAAACUGAUUUGUAUCAGCUUUUAAUUAUUUUUAAACCUUUCAUUUUAUUGCAUAAAAUGUAUUCUAUCACUGAUUUACUGUAAUGUAUGAAUGAACUGAUGCGUUCAAAUGUAAGUCUGCUUUUGAUACAGAGAAGGUCAAUAAAUGAAUAUUCAUUUGA